GCAACAACAAAAAAGCGCUCUCUUUCUCUCUCCCUUCACUUGGUUCAUCUCUGCGAUUUCUCCAUCCCUCCACUCUCUCCAACUAACUACCUCUCCAAAACUGGUAACUUUCUUCCUUUCCAUGAAAAACCCUAGUUCCCAUUUCCUCCCAUUCUCCCAGUCAUUCCGAUUCUGUCGUCGUGUCUCUUUCAUUCACAAAUGCCGGAAGGCUGAAGCUCUUUUUUCAUCCUGUUUCUGGUUUUGGGUGAUCGUAGUUUUGUUCGUUCGUCGUGCCCAUCCGGAUUUUCUGCUUAGUGAUCGGUUGAUCUGAAUUUGGUUAAGUCGCGGGGCGCGUUGAUGGACAUCUGUUGUUGAUUCUGGUUCCAAUUCUUCAUUGAUCAAGGAGCUUGUUUUGGCAUUUAGUGUCGGGAAUUGGAUUUAAAUCCAAUUCAAUUUUCUCUCAGUUGUUGUGGAUUCGAAGCUUACAGUGAAAUCUGAAGAUCCUAAAUCGAGUGGCUUGCUGCCUCUCUGGUAACUGUGGACUCUGCUGCACCCUUUCAUGCUUGCUGGGACAGUUCGUGCUCAUGGUGACAUAUACACAAGCUUGUAUGUAAUAAUUCGUGACGGUUUUCCCUGCUCUUGGAGUUUCGGGUCAUGAUUGGAUCCUUGGUUGAUUGCGGAGGUUUGAUUCGUUCAACAAUUCGGACAUGAGAAGCCCUUGGCUCAAUAAACUAUCUGUUACUUUAGGCCCUAGACCACCGGCUAGUUGGUUGUUGUUGUGCCUUGUAUGUGUCCUUGCAGUGAUCGCCAUCUUAGGAUCGACGUCUUCCAUUGCAUUUGAUUCCGUAACAAUUACCCCAGUUCCGAACAUUUAUUCGAACUACAGAAGGUUGAAGGAGCAGGCGGCAGUUGAUUAUUUGGAGCUUAGAUCGUUCUCAGUUUCUGCAACUAGGCAGCAAGUGCUUGGUCUUUGUGGCAAAGAAAGAGAACAUUUUGUGCCUUGUUACAAUGUCACUUCAAAUACAUUGGCUGGGUUUAAGGAUGGUGAAGAGUUCGAUAGGCAUUGCGAAAUGUUUAGGCCGAGAGAGCGUUGUUUGGUUCGGCCUCCAAAAGAUUACAAGAUUCCACUAAGAUGGCCGGCUGGGAGGGAUGUUAUAUGGAGCGGAAAUGUGAGGCUAAGCAGGGACCAGUUUCUUUCUUCCGGAAGCAUGACAAAGAGGUUGAUGCUGCUGGAAGAGAAUCAAAUUGCUUUUCACUCUGAGGAUGGAUUGAUCUUUGAUGGAGUGAAAGACUACUCACGCCAGGUUGCUGAAAUGAUAGGUUUAGGAAGUGAUGCUGAGUUUCAUCAAGCUGGUGUACGAACUGUACUGGACAUUGGUUGUGGAUUUGGAAGCUUAGGAGCUCAUCUAGUGUCGCGCAAGGUAAUGCCAAUCUGCAUUGCUGCUUAUGAGGCCACUGGCAGCCAAGUUCAACUAGCACUUGAGAGAGGCCUACCAGCCAUGAUUGGAAAUUUUAUCUCACGACAACUUCCAUAUCCUUCACUGUCGUUUGACAUGGUUCACUGUACUCAGUGUAGUAUUAUCUGGGACGAUAAAGAUGGUAUGUUCCUUAUUGAAAUGGACCGGAUUCUCAAGCCAGGGGGUUACUUUGUUUUAACAUCUCCGGCAAGUAAACCAUCUGGAAGUUCAUCUAGAACAAAGAAAAGAAGCAUGGUGGCGCCAAUUGAAGAAUUCACUGAAAAGAUAUGUUGGAGUCUCAUGGCUCAGCAGGACGAGACUUUCAUCUGGCAGAAAACUGCUGAUGUCAAUUGCUAUAAAUCUCGCAGUAAGUCGGCCUCUCCUCCAAUUUGCAAUGAAGGGAAUGAUAUUCCUCCAUAUUACCAGCCGCUGAUGUCAUGUAUUAGCGGAACCACUAGUCAGCGUUGGAUUCCAAUUCAAAACAGGUCAACCGAGCAGUUAAGCUCAUACGAGCUUCAAUCUGAAUGUCAUCUUGCAGGAGUUCAACAAGAUGAUUUCUCUGAGGACUCCCAGGUGUGGCGAUCUGCUCUUAGAAACUAUUGGUCAUUGCUAACACCGUUAAUUUUCUCCGACCAUCCAAAGAGGCCAGGUGAUGAAGAUCCCUUACCUCCAUUCAACAUGCUAAGAAAUGUUAUGGACAUGAAUGCUCAUUAUGGUGGCUUAAAUGCUGCCUUUUUGGACGAGAAGAAAUCGGUUUGGGUGAUGAAUGUGGUUCCUGUUAGGGCUCGUAAUACUCUUCCCCUCAUUAUCAAUCGAGGUUUUGCUGGUGUUCUACAUGACUGGUGCGAGCCCUUCCCGACUUAUCCUCGAACAUAUGACUUUCUUCAUGGAUAUGCACUGCUCUCACAUCUUAGUUCAGAAAGAUGUGGUAUGAUGGACGUACUAGUGGAGAUGGAUCGAAUUCUAAGACCCGAGGUACUUUACUGCAACUAUAUAUAUGUGCUAUGGACUCAAAAUCGAAACCAGAUCAAAGGAUGGGUUGUUCUAUCAGAUAGUGUGGCUGCCAUCGACAUGGCUCGAGCACUGGCUGCACAGAUACAUUGGGAAGCAAGGGUGGUGGAUCCUCAGAAUGGUAGCGACCAGAGGAUACUGGUUUGCCAAAAGCCAUUUGUCAAGAAAUGAUUCUUCAAGCUUUUCAGUAUUAUUGGAAUCCUUCAUCCUAUUAACUGUACAAUCUUUGCUUUCCCCUGGUAAACUUUUACCUCUCGUCUCUUUGAAACUCAGCUAGCUCUCUGUUAACUCAGCUUAUGGCCAUGAAUUUGGGAUUGACAACACGAACUUCUUACAACACUGUCCUGGGUCUUGAGAGCAGGCAAUUAGCACUUGGAAACUAGUGAGAAUUGGAAGAGGCUGUAGAUUUUCAAGAAGCCUUUAUAUUGCUGGCUGCAGAGAAAGUGAGCCGCAAAGAGCAAAAGCGAAUCAGAUUUUUUUUUGUUUGUUUCUUUUUACCAAUUAUUUUGGGUUCAAAGCAUUUGUAGCAUUUAUUCAUCGAUUUUGUUUUGGUUCCCUCUUUUUUUUUUUUUUGGCUAAUUCUUUUGAGUGUUGAUGAUCUCUUUUUUUUUUUUUUUAUAAUUUUCUUUCAAACAAUGAGAAAUUCAAGGAAGAAUUUUUCAUAUCUUUGAUAAUGUACUGAGACGGGAACAGCAGUAAAGUGAAGUUAAGGAAAAACUUUAUGACAGCCACGAUAUUCUUCUUUCUCAA